AAUGAGGACGAGGAUGAGGACGAGGAUGAGGGUGAGAAUGAUGAAGAUAAUGAGGAGGAGGAAGAGGAGGAAGAAGAACACAAGAAGGACGAGGAUAAGGAAGAGGACAAAGACGCCAAUGCAUAUUUUACACAAUCACCACUACCACCAUCACCACCACCACAAGACCCCAAGGCCGACCUAGUCUUACAAUUCUGCCUGUUUAUGGCAACUGAGGAUUUUGCAGAUGGAAACUCAAAGUCGACAAUGCUUGUUUACUUCAGCGCUGUAUGCGGACUUACAUUGCCUACAGGGGCCAACUUCCUCCGCCCAGCUCAAUUCACUAGCAUCCUAUCCAGCCUGAUCUAUUGUACUCGGCUUCUCAUCAUGGAAUCAGUGCUGCCAAGAUUCUCACAUGACUACAUUAGUUUGUCAGAAAGGCCUCGCUAUGGGCAACUAGAUAUACUAAAUAAUGUCCGUAAGAAGAAGAUGUGUGAUGGAACGCUAUCGCCACUCGGAGAGUUCAUCAGUCUUGCUGCCUACGGCCAGUCCCUACGUCGAUCGGAGGGCCCGACAAUCCAGUUCGAAUGGAGCGACGAUGGGGAGGAGAUAUCAUGGGAUGGGUGCUUUCGAGUUACUAUGGAUGGGUUUCGGACCCUGGCCCACAGCGCAAUCCAGGCAGCAACCCGCCAGUGUGAGCGGUUGAUGUAUGACUGGGUGCCUCCAACCCGCGAUCUCAGAACGCUGCGGGACCGACUCUCGACGGCUACGGCUGGGUAUUCCUUUGUCUCUGACCCGGCCAACGGGAUAUCAAAUGCUUAUUUAGAGCUCCUUACGAAAGCCUGCCUCUCGCCUGUCAAUCUACUUACUCUUAUUGGGAAGAAUGAAUGCAGUUCCUGGG